AUGAUGCUGCAAAGGCUGCUCUUCUGGUUCCUCUUGCUCCCGUGUCCCAGUUCCCCAAACCUAAAUCUUGUCCUUUCCUUGCCUGACCAUUUCUGUCUUGGCCCCAAUGUGAUUAAAGUUCUGUGGAAGUUUCUCAUUUUAACUGCCUCCUUGGGAACCUGUGCCUUUCUCAUUUACUUCUGGAGAACCGUCCUCACUGUAAAGCCUCGACAAUAUGAAGUUACUUUAGACCAAAUAAAGAAGAAGAUUGAUGACUUUAAAAAGGAAAACAGGAAUCUUGAAAAAAAUUUAGCUAGUUGGGAGGAGAAGAUCAGGGAAGCAAAGAAGCAAGCUGAAACAAAGAGAGAACAUAAGGUUUCCCUUGCUGAAGUACAUAAAUUGAAACAAAACCAAGUUCUCAGGUCAUGGCACAAACGCUCAAAAGGAAACUCAUCCUUUACAGAAAGUAAAAAGUUCCUGGAAGACAAGUGUAAUGCCCCGAGUUCUCAGAAAACAGCUAAAGAAGCAGAAUUGAACUGCUGA